AUGGAUUCUUGUUGCUUGGAUGCCUACAAAGAAGACAGUGAAGGUAAAUAUGCUGAAGGAUUUGGAGAUCCAGAAGUGCAGCCUCGAGUUGGAGAAGAGUACCAAGCAGAAAUUCCUCCAUUGAUUUCAGUUUCUUGUCGUUCUCAGCUUGUAAAGAAGAUAAGAGAUUCAGAAAUCACGGUCAACGUUCAAGAAAGUAUUUCACUAGGGCUUCCCAUUCCUCUAAAGUGGGCACAUUGCGAAUUUGAUGGCAGUCGUGGUUGUGGAACUUUAGGAUAUGUCAGAAAUGAAGUGGGGCCAGCUAUUUCUGAGAAUGAAUGUUCAGAAACUAAAGUGGAACUUUACGCUGCUUCACAUGGUGAAAGGACAAAUGUAGGAGGGUUCUCAAAUUUUAAACCAUCUUCUAAAAGUCAUGAGAAGGAUCAGACACGCGAGAAGUAUCUUCUCCCUGGAUUGUUGGAGGAUCAAUCUUGGACAGAUAUUGAAUACAACAGUUUUCUUCUUGGCCUCUAUGUCUUUGGGAAGAAGCUUAAUUUUCUGAAGAGAUUUGUGGGGAGUAAAAGCAUGGGAGACAUAUUGUCGUUGUAUUAUGGAAAGUUUUAUAAGUCUAAAGACUACUGUAGAUGGGCAGAGUGCCGAAAGUUGAGAACUAAGCGUUGUAUAUAUGGCCGGAAAAUAUUCACAGGAUGGAGGCAACAAGAAUUGCUGUCAAGAUUAUUUUCCCACUUGCCAAGGGAGUGUCACACUGCAUUGCUUGAGGUAUGGAACUUGUGGAACAAGAAAUUAGAGGAAAACUUGACACCAGAAAAUGGAUGUCAUGAUGCUAAAUUAGGUGAUGGUAUAUGGAUAAUUGCCUGA